CGACACAAGAAGAACAUAACAUCUUUGUGAAGGACACUCGCUUGUUCGUCGUCCAAGUGAACCUUCUCUCUCCGCUGCAAAGUUUCAAUGGCGGGGAGAUCAGUGCCAAGACCAAGAAAGCUAUCUGUGUACCUCUAUAUUCCAAAUAUCAUUGGGUACAUGAGGGUUCUUAUUAACUGUUUUGCCUUUGCUCUAUGCUUCUCCAACAAAAGGCUUUUCUCGGUUCUCUAUUUCUUCAGCUUUGUAUGUGAUGGAAUCGAUGGUUGGUGUGCUCGCAAAUUUAAUCAAGUUUCUACCUUUGGAGCUGUUCUGGACAUGAUAACAGACAGGAUUAGCACUGCUUGUCUAUUGGUAAUCCUCUCCCAAGUAUACCGGCCUGGCUUGGCUUUCCUCUCACUGCUUGCGUUAGAUAUUGCCAGCCACUGGUUACAGAUGUACAGUACUUUCUUGUCAGGCAAGGUUAGUCAUAAAGAUGUAAAAGACAGCACUAGUUGGCUUUUUAAGCUAUAUUAUGGGAAUCGGAUGUUUAUGGCUUACUGUUGCGUGGCUUGUGAGGUUCUCUAUAUAUUGCUCUUCCUUCUUGCAAAGAACCAAACUGAGAAUUUGAUGGAUGUUUUAGUCAAUUCGACAAAACAGAAUGUGCUACUUGGUGGUCUAGUUGUCGUAAGUUUAUUUGGAUGGGCGGUCAAGCAAGCUGUAAAUGUUAUUCAGUUGAAGACAGCGGCAGAUGUGUGUGUGCUUUAUGACAUCGAGAAAAAGCAGAGGCCCUAACGCUUACUGAUUUGUUGCCCAAUCCGAGCGGCAUUAAUUAUUUCAUCCUCUGUUGCUCGCUUGUUCCCACUCAAAUUUUCAUGUUAACAUUGUAGAUGGGUUUGCGUUUAGUGAUAUAACUGCAGAGAAAAAAAAAUUCAUCAAUACUUCCAUGACAUGUUUAGUCUUUGUUGGAUUUUCAAUUUCCCUUUCUCCCCCGUUUUUGGGAGUGUAUAUUGUUCAUCCACAUAGCCUCGUUUCUAUUUGCCUAAUUGAGAUUUGUAUGCUGAUGACGUGAAAUGUUUAUAUAUCAGAAGAUUUUGCAUCAUUGUUUUUAACUU